UCCCUUUUAGCGCUCCAAGAUCUAAGCUCCGCCCUCUUCCCAAUCACUGGUUAGUCCUGCCUGUGGGCGUGGUCAUAGGGUGUGACAACAGCUGUUUCUUGUUUUUUCCUCACACACCUGCUGCUGCUGUUUGUGUGUGAGAGGAAGGUGGUGUAGCUUGUGCCGGAGCUGUAGCCAUGCAUGUCUGCAUCCCUGUCACUGAGGAGCUCCAGGACACCCUUGGGUGCCGCUUUGUGCUCUAUUCUGUGUACCUGGAAGGUUUCCUCCUGUGUAAAGUACGAUACAAAGACCUGCACCUAUGGAAUGAGCAGAUUCAUCGAGUGUUUGGAAAUCGACUGCCAAAAUUCCCACCAAAAUAUUAUUUAGCUAUGACCAAGACCAUAGCUAAUGAAAGAAGACUGCAGCUGGAGCAGUAUCUACAACAAAUUGUUUCAGACCCAGUUGUUACCAGCAGUGAGAUUUUCAUGGAGUAUUUCAGGAAAUUACAAAUGGGCACAUUUAAUAUGCCAACAGUAAAGAUUAUCCUACGAGUAUACUUGCCAAAUGGAGCAGCAGUUGAAUUAGAUGUUCGGACUUCAGACAGUGCUGAGAGAGUGCUUGAGGCUGCGUUGUUCAGAUUAGGUGUAUCAAGAGAGUUGGCAGAAUAUUUCAGUUUAUUUAUUACACGCAAAGAAGCAAAGGGCCCUUUUACAGUGGUGAAACUAAUUGCUGGGUUUGAACUUCCCUUUCUAACAAUAUGGAACCUAGAGGAUGAUCAGUUCCAGAUUGAAGUCAGAAAGUGGUAUAUGAACCCCUCAAAUGAUGCAAUGUUAAUGGGAAGUUCUGAGGCUAUUGAUUUGCUAUACCUGCAGGCUGUGCAAGAAUUUCAGAUGGCCUGGACCAGGCCAACAGAGGACCAGCAGCAAAAACUCCAGCACUGUUUAAAACAAGAAAACAAAUUAAAGUUUUUGGAGCUAAUGAAGACAGUGGAAUAUUACGGAUACCUACAAAUUGGCUCUUGUGUCAGUGACUACCCAGAAUGUGAUUCUGAAGUCACCAUAUGGGUUGGAAAAAAUGAAUUGAGUUGCCACUUUCAUUCCCACUCUGGUCAUACUGAACAUUUAAGAUUAAACAUCAAGGAUUUGAUUUUCUGGAAUGUCCGCCUACUCCCCAAGAAGCAAGAAGUCGUAUCACCCAAUCACCAGCACUUAGAGUUCAAGUUCCAGCAGGGGUCUUCAUUGAAAUGCAUCACCAUACAUACGGAACAGGCAUUCCUACUCAGCAGCUGCUUAAAAAAGAUGUUAUCUGAGCGCCCUGAGCACCGACCCAAGGAAGAGCUGGAAAUUCAGGUAGACAGAGCACAAGCAACACACAAGUUCAACAUAAGGCCUGAGCAGAAUGGAGUGCAUACCAAAAAGCAGCCACUAUUAAAGGACGAGGCAGAAUAUUGUCUGAUAGAUGAUAUUUCUGAUCUGAAUCUGUAAUAUUACAGCAACAUACUUGGUUCCUGCCUCACCUCUGCCCUCCAGUGGUUGAUGGAAUGCUUGCAUACCUUAUAUUUCCUUAUGUAAUGACUUCAUAUUGUUACAAUUACAAAUAUAUUUUUGUACUUUUUUGCUUUAAAAAAAAAAAAUUAAAAAGAAGAAAAAAGUAUAUUGUUCAUGUUUCUUGACCUGUUACACAGGGGACCCAUAUUUUGUCACUGAAUAGGCUUUUAAAUAAUCAUUUAGAACCAGUUAUUCAUGUUAUAUUGAUUACAUUUUUGUAUUAUAGGAAAAAAACAUUAUUGGGGACCCCCUCUAAAAAUCACAUUGACCCUUCUUUGGGUCCUGACCCAUAGGUUAAGAAUCCUUGCUAUAAAUAUGUCAAUUCCCUUCUAUGUAGUGUUUAUUGUAACUGCCUGAAAUAAAAUAAGUAUUUUGUAAGUAA